AUGGAAUUGAUGGGGGAAGAAACGAUACAGUCGGAACAAGUUGCGGCAUUGAUAAAUGAGAUCCAAUUCUCAUCUCUGUUUAAGCUGAUAAGGACGGUGUUAUACGUCUUAACGAUUGCUGGCGAAAGCGUCAAAAGGAGUGUGAAAAGGUUCUCAAGAGAGAAUUUCGCUUCUAAAGAGUACAACAAGGCGACACAAUUGAUAAACAAGAUGACACAGUUAAAUAUAACGUAA